AUGUCUACAGGAAGAAAUGUAGCACUUAAGAAGACAGCAUCAUCUAGUGAGGACAAUCAACAAACUUCUGAUCCUGGAGCAGCGGUAGACGGUACCACCACAACACCUUGUGUCUUUGUGACUGCAACUAACCCUUGGUGGGAAGUCGACCUCGGCACCAAAAUGAAAGUUAACAGGAUAGUGAUUAGCGAAUAUAGCACCGGGUAUUUAUCCGGAUAUGCUGUCGAAACAGCCCAAGUUCCAGGCGGUUAUAGAACUACAGUAUUUACUGAUAACUCGGGAUUGACACCUACAACAGAAAUAUAUACAUCUAUCGAAGCAAGGCUUAUUAGAAUAUCUAGGUCUGGUGGGACACUUGCAUUAUGCGAAGUUCAAGUAUUUGCAGAAUGUGAUGACGGUCGAUUUGGGACGGGUUGUUUCGGUACUUGUGGUCACUGUCUGGACGGGUUGCCAUGCAACAAGAGGACUGGAUACUGUGAUCAAGGGUAUGCACCGGGAUGGACUGCAGAACCAACGUGCAAACAGGAAUGUCAAGAUGGAAAUUAUGGUUUGAACUGUACUGGAGUUUGCAGCUCAACAUGCGAUGGUGUAUGUAAUAAGACGGACGGUGUUUGCCGAGCAUGUACAAGUGGAUGGCAAGGGCACCUUUGCGACAAAGAAUGUGAGGAUGGGACUUUCGGGAGAGAGUGCCAAGAGAUGUGUUUGAACUGCUUCGAAAACGACACAUGCAACAAAUCUACCGGCAAAUGUCCACGUAGUUGUCAACCUGGCUGGCAAGGAUACACAUGCGAUCAGGAAUGUGCGGACGGAAGCUAUGGAUUAGCCUGUAAUCAGACGUGUAGUAAAACAUGUAAUGGAACAUGUGAAAAGAAACUUGGUAUUUGCCCUGACUGUAUCCCAGGAGUAGGUGGCGACUUCUGUGACGAAGAAUGUCUUCCGGGAAUGUAUGGAGCUCGUUGUAAACACAAAUGCGGCGCCUGUGGCAAUAGAACGACCUGCCACACAGCCUCUGGAAUAUGCGCCACUGACGUAUGUGAACCGGGAUAUAAAAUUACAGACAAGUGUCAUGAAGUGUGUGACAAUGGCCACUUCGGCCAUAACUGCUCCCAUAAGUGCGGCAACUGUGAGGGUGUUUGCAACAAAGCCAACGGACAUUGUGAACACGGAUGUAUUGAUGGGUUUGAAGGAGAAGCCUGUUUAACACAAGCACAAGCGAGUGGUCCUGGUCUGGUUGCUGCUGUUGGUGGAAGCGUUGGUGUCGUUGUUGUGAUGGCAGUGCUCUUGGUAGUUGUCCUCGUUUUGUAUAGAAGAAGACGGGCCAAACCACUGUGUUCUAAAGAUGCCAGUGGAUUUACAAACUUGACAGAUGAAAAUGAGAAGAGAGAUGACUCAAACCAUGGAGUGACGUCUUUGCCCCUAUCAGAAUAUGUGAACGAUGCAAUUAAAAAAGAAACUGGACACAAUGAGGAUAGUCCGGAUGUUGACAGUGUCUAUUACAACAACGAGGUUAUUGUAAGAGUAGAACAGUGUUCAAAGACAAAGAUAUCUUUGGAAAACUUCAAAGAGUAUUUGCUACAGAGCAGCAUCACGUUUUUCAUGGAGCAAUUCCAGCAAAAUUGGAGGUGGACAUUUCACACUAUAUUAAGUUAUACAGUAAAUAGAUGUGUAUGUAACAUGCAAUCAUUGCAGAAACUUCCAUCAGGACUAUGCCAUGCCACGCAUGUGGCCUCAGACCCGGUGCAUAAUGGAAAGAACCGAUACAGGGGAAUGUAUGCAUAUGAUCAUUCCAGAGUUGUUUUGAAGAAACUAAAAGGGAAACCUCAUACUGAUUAUAUAAAUGCCUGCCAUAUCAAUGGUUACCAAAGACAAAACUGUUACAUAGCUGCUCAAGGACCAACCGAGGCAACAAUGAAUGAUUUUUGUCGUAUGAUUUUGGAACAAAGAAUAAAUACAAUUGUCAUGGUUACAAAUCUAUCUGAAGAAGGACGGAUGAAAUGCUUGAAAUAUUGGACAUCAGAAAAAAACGACCAGCCUGAGAAUGAUGCUAUUGUACUUGCUUUAAAACAUGAACAAAAGUAUGCAGACUUUACUAUUCGUCGUUUGCGGAUAUAUCAAGAGGGGCAUCCCGAUUCAACGACAGAUGUAACCCAGUUUCACUAUACAGCUUGGCCUGACAAGGAUGUACCAAACAGCCCCUUAAGUUUGAUACAUUUCUGGAGAAGAGUUAGAGCCCAUGACGAAGAUAAGAUCCUCCCAUGGCUGGUGCAUUGCAGCGCCGGAGUCGGGAGAACUGGAACCUUCAUAGCCAUGGAUGUGUUGUAUGAGGCAGGUAAAGCAUUGGGAACAGCUAACAUAUUUGAAUGUGUAAAGAAUCUGCGGGACCAGAGAGUCAAUAUGGUUCAAACUGCGGGCCAGUACAGAUACCUUCAUACGCUGGUUAAAGAGAUGCUAGUUUUAGCCAAUGAGCCUGUGUCGACAGAAAACUUUGCUGAGACAUAUACAAUUCAGGGAGAGGUAGAUGUGAUGAAACUGCAAGCACUUUACGAGAUGUUGCAGACUGAUGUUACGGAUGUAAAUACUUCCUUAGACGAACGGAAGAACAAAGCCGACUCACAGACUGCAAAUUUGCCAGACAAUAUUGAGAAAAACCGAUAUAAGGAAAUACUUGCUUCUGAUGAAUAUAGACCAUUCUUAAACACACCCGUAGCUGGCACGACGAACUACAUUAACGCUAUUUUCAUUCCGGAUUACAUCAAUGACAAACGGUUUGUCAUAUCUCAGACUCCUUUGAAAACAACUGUUAUUGACUACCUAAGGCUAAUCCAUGAACACAACAUCCGUCUCGUGAUAGCCUUCGAUGAUUCCAUAAAAAAGGUUGGUAGCUUUGUACCGACUGAUGACAGUCUUGUUGUGGCAGCCAAGUUCUUGGUCAAGAAAAUUUCAGAGACAACUCGGAGCUACUCGGUGAAAAGAACGUACAAGAUGGAGUAUAAGGAAAGGUCUUCAAAUUUUGACCAUAUAACUUUUACGAAAUGGACACCUAAAGAAAGUGUACCUGCAAAUGUUGACCACAUGAUUACGCUUCUAAGCGAUGUAGAAAGCGCUCUGCCCACACUUGGUGACACUCCUAUUCUUGUACAAUGCUUGAAUGGAGCCGAGAGGAGCGGCCUGUUUGUGGUACUCAUUAACAUAUUGGAGAGAUGUCGAAUGGAUGGAGAAGUGUCUAUUCCUCAGGUCAUCAGACAUCUUCGGACAAGGAGACACCAGAUUAUACCCAACUUUGCACAGUUUAUGUUCUGCUACGAAAGCGUUGUCAGUUACAUGAAUGAUGAAACUACCUACGCAAACCUAUAG